AUGACGUCAUUACAUCAUACUAGUUCAAGUUUUCCUUUUCUGCAAAAUUCGGUAGCGGAUUUAACUUUGUCUUCAUCACAAAUCGCCGCGCGUCACGUAAUGUCCAAGGAUUUGCCUGUAUUUUCUGGCAAUCCCGAAGAUUGGCCGCUCUUCAUUACCAAUUUCGAGCAGUCGACCGAAAGGUGUGGUUUUACAGACCAGGAAAAUUUAAUUCGCCUGCAAAAAUGCUUAAAGGGUCCAGCUGUUAGGGGAAAGCUGAUGAUGCCUAGCACGGUGUCAUUUGCCAUUGCAACGCUACGCAUGUUGUAUGGUCGACCCGACGUCAUCCACCACACCCUUCAGAAGAAAUUAAGGCAACAACCUAUGGUCAAAAUGGAAAAGUUGGAAUCGCUGGUAAACUUUGCAUUGGCCGUGCAAAAUUAUAGGGCCACAAUGCAAGCUAUUGGGCUUCAGGACUACUUGAAUGAUCCCAUGCUAUUAAACGAUUUGCUCUAUAAGCUUCCAAGCGAUCUUAGAUUGGAUUUGGGCAAGCACCGAAUGACGCUUGCACGAGUUGAUAUAGCAAUAUUUGACAACUGGCUUUUCCAACUUGCCACCUGCGCCAGCCAAGUUACACCUAUAGGGCAUAGCAAUGCCACACUUUCUGCUAGUGAGGAAAGAAAGGGACAUCGUAAAUUAUCCGGAGAACGGGUUAUGCUUCACGACGUUCGCCGCAGUGAAGGAGAAAGCUGUCCAAAAUGUUCUAAGCAACAUUGUCUGUCAGACUGUGUCGAAUUCAAAGCGUUGAAUGGAGACAUGAGGUGGAAAUUCGUCCGUGAGAAAAAAUUAUGUAUAAGGUGUUUCAAAGGGCACUUCGUGCGACGCUGCAACUCUAAAAAGACAUGUUCCGUUGAUGGCUGCAAAAUGCCCCACAAUCCACUGCCUCACGCACCCACGCAAGGUAAUAUGAGAUCCUUGGCAAUAUCUGAAGGCGUAGAUGAUCUUGCUCGUAAUACCACCGUUUUAUUUCAUGCCAAGGAAAAUAAAAGCACGAUUUUCCGCUAUAUAGCCGUGACACUUCAUGGUAAAACGGGGUCAAUAGAAGCAUACGCGUUCAUUGACGAAGGGUCAGCGUGCACUCUUGUCGAAGACGGGUUGGCAGCUGAACUUGGUCUCGACGGACCGACAGAAGACCUCUGCCUUCAGUGGACAGGUGAGGUUACACAAAACGAGGCGAAUUCAAAAUCUGUUUCGCUGCAUAUUUCAGCUCGAAGUUCAGGUUCAAAGAAAUACUUAAUAAAAAAUGUACGCACUGUAACCAAUCUCAAUUUGCCCAUUCAGACACUUGAGAGCGCUGCCAUAUCAUAUCGAGAGCAUUUGAGAAAAUUACCAAUUCAUCCAUAUGUAGCAGCCCAGGCGCGUAUUUUUAUCGGCCUCGAUAACAUUAAGCUUGGUGUUCCUUUGCAAACUCGUGAUAAAGAUGGCGACGACCUAGUAGCAGCGAAAUGUAAAAUAGGGUGGUCCGUCUAUGGACGUAACGACGUAAACGAAGCCUCACGCCAACGUGUGAUGCAUAUUUGCACAUGCAGUGUAGAUAGCCGCAUUGAGGAGUUAGUCAAGUCACACUAUACGGUAGAAUCGAUCGGCGUGAAAGACGUAUCCCCUUUAGUUUCUAAGGAAGAUGAGCGUUCGCAGCGUAUAAUGAAUUCAACUACAAAAUAUCUUCCAAGCGAAAAGCGAUGGGAAACCGGUCUUCUCUGGAAGUAUGACCAGAUCCAGCUGCCUGAGUCCUUACCUAUGGCUAAGCGCCGUCUUCAGUGCCUUGAGAAAAGGAUAGCACGUGAUCCUAGCUUAAAAACAUUUCUGGUAGACACCAUUCAGCAAUGCGAACAGAAGGGUUAUGUGCGAAAAGUACGUAAAGAUGAAGUGCUGGCUGGUCCCAAAUCCUGGUAUAUACCAAUUUUCACCGUAACCAACCCCAACAAAAACAAAACUAGGUUGGUGUGGGAUGCUGCGGCUGCGGUUGAUAAGGUUGCUUUAAAUUCUGUACUCCUAAAACGUCCAGACCUAUUGAAAUCAAUGGUAGGUAUUCUGGUCUGCUUUCGUGAAAAUCCAAUAGCUUUGUGCGGCGACAUCCGUGAGAUGUUUCACCAAAUACGUGUCAGGCAGGAGGAUCAAACUGUUCAAAAGUUUUUAUGGCGGAAUGGUGAAACAUCAAAGGAACCGAAUGUAUAUGUCAUGCAAGUUACGACGUUUGGUGCAACUUGCUCUCCAUCAAUAGCUAAUUAUGUCAAGAAUAAAAAUACUUCUCGUUUCGAAGUUCAUCAUCCAUAUGCCGUUAAAACGAUUUUGGAUAAUACCUUUGUAGACGACUGGCUACAAAGCAUGCAAACUGAAGACGAGAUGAUCAAAUUAGCUACAACAGUUCGCCACAUUCACGCCGAUGGAGGGUUUGAAAUGCGAAACUGGAUAUCAAACUCCACGAAAGUUUUGGUGGCCUUGACAGGGCAGUCAGAGCAGAACAACAAGUAUAUCGAAGAACCAAAUUUAAAACACGAGAAGGUACUAGGUAUGUGGUGGUCACUGAUGGCGGAUGUGUUGACGUUUUUCGAACAUUUCCCGAAACAAGUUUAUAAUGAAAUCAACAUCCCAACGAAGCGCCAAAUGUUACGUGUUAUAAUGACUGUAUUUGACCCGUUAGGAUUGUUGGGUUUCUACCUCAUCUCUGCGAAAAUUUUAAUGCAGGAGGUAUGGCGUUCGGGCGUCUCGUGGGACGAACCAAUAGGUAAAGAAGAGCAGGAGAAAUGGUGGCAGUGGAUACGACGCCUGCCUGCCAUCACUGAUAUUAAGGUGCCUCGGUGUUAUCCGUUAGUAAGUCAUGGCGAACGAGUCCAGCUACACACAUUUGUGGACGCCAGCGUAGAUGCUUAUGCGGCCGUCGUCUACCUCCGCGCAGAGAAAAAUGCUGAUGUUGAUUGUUGCUUGGUUGCGUCCAAAACCCGAGUUGCGCCACUUAAGCCAGUAUCGAUCCCUAGAUUGGAGUUAAUGGGUGCGAUACUAGGUUUGCGACUGUCAAAGUUUAUUGCUACAGAGUUGUCCAUUUGUAUAGAAAAGCGAGUAUUUUGGACCGAUUCCAAAAAUGUCCUAUAUUGGAUAAAAUCAGACGCCAGAAAAUUUCAUCAGUUUGUGGCGGUGCGGGUAGGUGAGAUCUUAGAAGACUCCAGUAUCGAUGAAUGGCGGUGGGUGCCAUCGGGAGAUAAUGUCGCUGAUGAAGGUACCAAAAGGUCACCGAAGCCAGAAUUUGAUGGAGCGGUGCGUUGGUAUGUGGGGCCUACGUUUUUGUCUCAGCCGGAAAUGAAUUGGCCACAAACCAAUAUGGACUAUGAUCAAGAGCAAGAUCACGAGCUAGUUUGCCAUGUCGCACUGCACACGCCUCAGUUUAUGUCUCGCCGUGGUGUACCAAAGUGCAUUUGGUCAGACAACGGCACCAAUUUUCGCGGUUCUAGCCGGAUACUGAAAAAUGAAAUGGAGCGAAUGAUAUCUGGUGAGCUGGAGCGUCGACAUCCUGAAGUGAAGUGGCACUUUAUUCCACCGGCAUCGCCUCAUAUGGGAUGCGUUUGGGAGCGCAUGGUUCGCUCGAUUAAAUCCAUUUUUAUGGACAUCCUUCCAAAGGUAAAUGUUCGCGAAGAGGUGCUCCGUGCUUCUCUGGCUGACAUCGAGUACAUAUUGAAUUCUCGUCCACUGACCUAUGUGCCAAUAGAUUAUCCGGAAAUGGAAGCACUAACACCAAACCAUUUUCUGCUUGGUGAUUCUAAUGGAAUACGAGAACGAAACGAGCAGAGUACUACCGGGGCAGUUUUGGGUAAGAACUUUCGAAUAACCAGUCAAAUUUCGGACCAGUUUUGGAAGCGGUGGGUUCGUGAGUAUCUACCAUGUCUAACCAGACGAGCUAAGUCGUUCCAAAAGUCACCCGACCCCAUCGCUAUCGACGACGUGGUUGUAAUCGCAGAUGAUAAUUAG